AUGGAUAAAAAUGAGGUUAAAAGUAGGCAAACACAACUUCUUCGACGGGCAAAGAAUAGAGUUGACAAUUUGCUGAACAUGAAUGUAUUAGACAGCGACACUCGACACCUUCUUUUACAAGAAGCGAUGGCCCCCUUGCACGGGUCUCCCUCGCGUUCAAGUCUGUCUUGUACUAAUAUGCUGAAAAAUCAUUCCGCACAAAGCCUUUCUAAUGCCACGAAGCCUUUUCUGACACCGCUGAAAAUUCAAGAAGGCGAUCAGGUCAAAGCAAAUGAUCCAGAGAGGAUGCCCAGCUCUUACGCACGAGCGAGUGGGAGGUCUGGAUCUGGGGACCUCAUCACCUCAAUGGCGGCGAGGCUAAAGGAGUUGGAGAAGACACACAAAAUCUAUCAAAGCGAGCUAAAAGAAAUGCACAAUAAAUAUCAUGAUCUUGAGCUUUCUUUUCAGAAGGAAACGCAAAAACGUGAGGAGGCCGAAGCGCUUCUUGUCGAGCUUUACGAUGAAAAGAAGCAUCUCGAAGAGCUGAUCCAUCGGCACAGCCCGCGGGUCCACUCCCACGGGGGGGAUCCCUCGCGGAGGACAAGGCACACCACCCCCGACAGCUCCCUCGUCCUGCAGGAGGGGUCGACGUCUUGGUUGGAGGGCGGCACCGGGGGGUCCGGCUCGAGCCUGCGGGGGGCCACCCCCGACCCCGACCACGUCCGCCUCACGGCCGAGCGCGGCCUGGUCGACCCCCGCAAUGCUCUGCCCCGCCAGGGGCCCGCCGCGGUGAUGCUUUUCAACCCCUUCCCGCGGGAUGGAGGGGGGGACGACCUCGUCCUCCGGAGACGGCCCUCGUCCCCCUCGAGCCCGGCGCUGGAUGUGGCCCGGAUGGUUCGAAACGCUCGCGUGCUCUCCGAUCACGUCGGGCGGAAGGAGGUCGUCGUCGCGGACGGGCAUGGGCACAUCGCCAACCGAGAAGUAGUUAGCGUAGUGGUCUAUAAAAAUGGAAUUAGCGUCAACGACGGGGCCUUUCGUCCGUACACAUGGCCCUUGUGCAUGGCCUUCGUGCAGGACCUUAUGGAAGGUUACUAUCCAUAUGAGUUCAAGGAUCGGUAUCCUGGUGGCUUUCCCAUCGAGGUCAUCGAUAAAAGCUCCGAGGACUGGCAACCUCUGGCUAAUAAACCACGACCAAGCUCGGUGGGUGCCGCGGCAAACGCCGCUAUGAACCUCCGUCCGCGCAACGUGCACUCGCUGCAGAACCCUCAGAGUCCACUUUCGAAGGAAGGCUUUCUUCAGCAGCUCCCCGCGACGAGAGUGACGGCGAACGGCCGUCUUGUGGAUGUUCGAAACACCAUUACCUCUCUUUUCCAGAAAAACGCUGCGGAAUACUUAGGACCUAACAGCGAGAACCCUGCUAAUGAGACAAUUCGGCACGCCACGACCGCGGAGCGUGCGUAUUUCACUAAACUUGAAAAAUUAGAAAGCCAGCAACACCAGAAAAGCGGGGCUGAACCCCCGAAAAACGAUGUGACUGCUAUAGGUAACCUCAUUUCACUUUUGAUUCGACUACCUAAUGGAAAGAAAGUGGUCAUGCGCAUGUCUCCCAACAACACCAUCGAACAGCUUCAUAAGGAGUUGUUAAAGGCUUCUCCCGAGAUCACGCGUAUCUAUAAAGACUUUGAGUUUUGUCAAGCCUUUCCGUUUCGGCUGUACAGUGAGCGAGCAGAAACAUUGAAAAAUAUAGGAUUAUCAGGGAACUGCAUGUUGUUGUUACGUGUGUUGAAGUGA